GCCAAGCGGCAGACAUGGCGCCUUGGUGCCGUCAAUGGCAACUGAAGCCAGGCCGUCGCCAUAUUUUCUGAAGGCAUCUUCCGGGUUCCUUCACCCGAGUUGUGUCUCUGUGCGAGCGGCUGGGGAGUGAGCUAUGGGGCAUUAUUAGUCUCCACCGGGGCCCUGCGGCCCUCAGCGGCCACACGCUGCCACUUUCUCCCGCUCGGGUUGGGGCGACCCUGACCAAGGGGCGUGGCAAGGGCGUGGUUUCCCGGGGAAGCCGAGGCCGGAAGCCGGAGGCUGCGGCGGCCAAGCCGCUGCCCGGGCAGGAGCCCCGAUGGCGCCACCCCCGGCCCCGCUGCUGGUGCCGAUGCCCGGGGAGAUCUGGCCUGGUUUCAGGAAGCCUGAGCUCGUGAGCUUCGCGGACGUGGCCGUGUACUUCUCCCCGCAGGAGUGGGGCUGUCUGCGGCCCGCGCAGAGAGCCCUGUACCGGGAGGUGAUGCGCGAGACCUACGGCCUCCUGGGCGCGCUCGCAGCAUCAGCCACCCUCCAUUCCCAGGGCUUCCUCGGGAGUCUCCAUUCAGGCAAGAGCAUCGCAAACCCUGCCCAGGUUGAUUUGAGCAUAAGUUCCGAGGAGAUGCCCUCACCCCAGUGGGAUGCUAUCUGCCCGGGACAGCACUGUGACCCCUGUUCUCUCUCAGGGUUCCCGGGCCCCAAACCAGCCCUCAUCUCUUGGAUGGAACAGGAGAGUGAGGCUUGGAGCCCCGACGCCCAGGAUCCUGAGGAGGGGGAAAGCCUGGGAGGAGCUCCGAGAGGAGACACUUCAGAUAAGAAGGAGCAGGGCUGCAAGGAAGGAGCUGAGAGGCCUGCAGAGACUUCUGCUCAGCUGCAGUCUAAAGAGGUGGUUGAACAUAAGGCUUAUUCCAUGGCUCCCAAGUCCUCUGCAGGGGGGCAGCUACCUACCAGAGCUGCCCCAGGCCAGGUAGCAGGUCCACAGCUUCCUGCCCGUGUAUCCAGCACAGAUGUGCAGGACAGCCAGCGACGCCAUGUGUGUGUGGACUGUGGGCGCCGCUUCACCUACCCUUCUUUACUGGUCAGCCACCGGCGCAUGCACUCGGGUGAGCGACCCUUCCCCUGCCCAGAGUGCGGCAUGCGGUUCAAGAGGAAGUUUGCCGUGGAAGCACACCAAUGGAUCCACCGUUCCUGCUCAGGGGGUCGCCGUGGCCGUAGGCCUGGCAUCAGGGCUGUGCCUGGAGCCCCAGUCCGAGGUGACCGGGAUCCACCAGUGCUCUUUCGGCACUACCCAGACAUCUUUGAGGAGUGUGGCUGAGCCAAAUAGCUGCCUGUAUCUGGAGAAGAGCAUGAACUUGGCACUGAGAAUGACCGAGUCAAGACUUGGGAAAUGAAGUACAUCACCUUGACUUUUCUCAAGGAUCCCUUGUGAAGUUGUAAAAAGAAAAGUGCCUGUAAAGAUUCAUAUAGAUUAAACCCGGCCCCUGCUGCCCUC